AUGGCUCUUCCACAACCACAACAAAAGUCAAACUAUGUCUGCGACACUCUCCCCGCUCCCCGCCUCGCUGGGCCCAACGACUCAGACAAGCCUGACCUCGUCGUCGUCGACGAUGAUCCCGCCCCCGUCGACAACAGCACCGCCACCGCCGCCCUCCACCAACCCCCCGCUCGCAAGCUCUGCUUCCGCCACCAGCGCAUGGCAGAUGAGGGAACCAAUCUGAAGCUCCAGCAGUCGCUCGACGCCCUGCCUCUCGAGGACAGGGAGGCGAUCAAUGCAGUCUGGUCCAACUUUUCCUCCUCGUCCCAUCCCCGCAGGGCCCUCAUUCUCCAGGGUCUCCUCACGAUGUGCUGUUUCUCUCAGUUGUCUCUACUUACGGAGCAGCUAGCGCAUCUUAUCCGCAUCGAUCCCUUUGCGGUCUUACCCCGCGAAGUCAGUCUCAAGAUCCUAGGCUAUCUCGACGCAACCUCUCUCUGCAGGGCAGCCCAGGUCACGAAGCGGUGGAAGAGUCUGGCUGACGACAACAUCGUCUGGCAGAGCAUAUGUGAGCAGCACAUUGGCCAGAAGUGUCACAAGUGUGGGUGGGGUCUCCCUAUCUUGGAGAAGAAACGUAUCUACCGACCAAGGUCAAGGUCGCCUUGUCCCCCGCCUAUGCAAGUGGAAGCCUCCUCAUCAUCAUCAGCAGUCCCAUCUUCCUCUUCUGCCCUCAAACGCAGCGCCCCCGACUCCUCCUGUGCUACGUACCCUCCGAAUAAGCGUCAUCGUUCCGCCAGUCCGUCGUCUGAUGAAUCACAAGGCGAAUCCAACUCCUAUUCCUCUACCCUACUUGCCCCCGACCCGUCAGAUUUCCUGCCCCCUUCUAUCACGCGACCAUGGAAGGACGUAUACAGCGAACGAAUGACCAUCGAACGUAAUUGGCGCAGAAGCCGGUACACCGUCCGCACACUGAAGGGCCACACAGACGGCGUGAUGUGCCUUCAGUUCAACGAGACGCUCUCCCACCCCGCCUUCCCUGUCCUCAUCACCGGAUCUUACGAUCGUACGGUCCGUGUCUGGAAUAUGGAGACUGGCCAGGAGCUGCAAUGUAUGAAGGGCCACACCCGCGCGAUUCGUGCGCUGCAGUUCGACGAGGUGAAGCUUAUCACGGGCAGUAUGGACUGCUCGAUCAAGGUCUGGGACUGGCGCCGCGGCAAGUGCAUCAGGACGCUCAACGGGCACAGUGAGGGCGUCGUGUGUCUCAACUUUGACACCAACGUGCUCGCGAGCGGGAGCGUCGACUCGACGAUCAAGGUCUGGAAUCUGCGCACGGGUGGUGCGUUCACGCUCCGUGGCCACUCUGACUGGGUAAACGCCGUGCAGUUAUGGGACUCCAAUCCAGGCGCGCGGAACUCCUCGACGGGUGAAUCUAUUUUUGACGUCUCGGGUUCGACAUCCCCGAUUAGCAGCACGAACACCUCAUCCUCCCAGAUUGACCCAGGCAAGAUGCUCUUCUCCGCUUCUGACGACGGCACGAUCAAGCUCUGGGAUUUGAAUCUGCGGACGUGUGUGCGGACCUUUGUUGGUCAUGGUGCGCAGGUGCAAAGUAUGCGCCUCCUACUUGCUAAUGAGUGUGAUGAGGAGGAGGGCAAGCAGGUCGAGGAGACGGCUGUUGCUGGUAGUCCUAACGCCUCUGGCAGCGCCGAUGCAGAAGAGCAGCAUCAAGCGGAUGCAUUUGUGCCCAAACGCAAGCAGCCGAUUCUCAUUUCUGGCAGUUUAGACAACACUAUCAAGCUGUGGGACAUUGAAACCGGUCAAGCUAUGCGAACCUACUUCGGGCAUAUCGAGGGUGUGUGGGCGGUUGCAAGCGACAAGAUGAGGCUUGUCAGUGGUAGCCACGACCGAACGAUCAAGGUGUGGUCAAGGGACAAGGAGAGCUGCAAUAGCACCUUGAUUGGGCACGAAGCUGCCGUGAGCUGCAUCGGCCUUGCCGAAGAUAAAAUCGUCUCUGGAAGCGAUGACUGUACGAUCAAAAUUUGGAGUUUCGCUGGCUAA